AUGCAUCUCUCAACUCUCGCCGCGUUCGUCGCCAUCUCUGGCUUCGCCUCCGCAGAACCCAACGGCUGGUCCAAGACCAAAGAAGCAGACGACAGCCCCUCCAAGCUCGACGACUGCGGCUGCUGGCCUAUCUACCAGGCUAUCCUAAAGUGCCAAAAGCUCAAGUGGCCCGAGGAAGAAACACGGGACUGUGUGUGCAUUCCCAACCCAGAUGGUUGGUACGGUUCCAUGGAUGGCUGCCGUACUUGUCUGAGCUCCAACUCUGAGCACGAAUUCUUCGAUAAUACCGCCAAGCUGGUCACCCAGCUAUUCGUUUCGUGCACCAACGCUGGCGGCGGCGUUACCAGCAAUGGAAACAGUAUCUGCGCCAGCAACGCGUACCGCGAGGCAUGUGUAUCGCUGGGAACAAAUGGGAAGCCCAGCUGGGCUAGUUUUGAGCAAGAAGGAGUCAGUGGAAAUGGGACUUAUGUGCUGGAUAUCAAGGAAUUCGGCGCAGACGAUGAUGAGUCUACAUCUACGACAAGUGCGAAGACAACUACCAAGACAAGCACUGCUGAAUCCAGUGGUAGCACCGAAAGUACGACCGUAGCCGUGGCUGCUACUACUGGUACCACGGAGACAUCUUCAGGCAGCGCUACUUCGGAUGCGACAUCGGGAACUGAGACUCCUGUUGCAUCGGCUACAACAGCGCCAAACUUGGGCAUGAGGCUUGCUGGUCACGGAGCUGUUGGCAUGGGUCUGGUCGCGGUAGUUGGUGCCAUGUUGCUUUAG